AUGGUCUCUGACUUUUUCUAUCCACAGCCUGGUGGUAUUGAACUACAUGUUUAUCAUCUAUCUCAAAGAUUAAUUGAUAGAGGUCAUUCAGUUGUAAUUAUCACCCACGCCUACGGAUCUCGGACUGGUGUAAGAGUCCUGACAAACGGACUAAAGGUUUACUAUGUUCCAUUUUUUGUUCUUUAUCGAGAAUCAACAUUUCCAUCAGUUUUUUCCUUUUUCCCUAUUCUUCGACAAAUUCUUAUUCGUGAACAAAUCGACAUUGUUCAUGGUCAUGGAAGUUUAAGUAGUUUCUGUCAUGAAGCGAUUCUUCAUGGUCGUACUAUGGGACUUCGCACAGUCUUUACUGAUCAUUCUCUAUUUGGCUUUGCAGAUGCUGGCAGUAUUUUAGGAAAUAAACUUCUUAAAUUUACACUUAGUGAUGUUGGUCAUGUUAUUUGUGUUUCUCAUACCUGUAAAGAGAAUACAGUUCUUCGUGCUUCUCUUGAUCCUUUAAACGUCAGUGUUAUACCUAACGCUGUGGUUGCUUCUAACUUUAGACCUGAUUCAUCUCAAGCUAGUAAGGAUCAUAUCACCAUUGUUGUGAUAUCAAGACUAUACCCAAAUAAAGGUACAGACCUACUUACUGCAGUUAUACCUCGAAUUUGUGCAUUACACCCCACCGUGACAUUUACCAUUGCUGGCAGUGGUCCCAAAGCUAUAGAUUUAGAGCAAAUGCGAGAAAAGUACAGACUCCAAGAACGAGUGGAACUUAUCGGAAGUAUUAAGCACGAAGAAGUCAGAGAUGUUAUGAUAAAGGGACAUAUAUAUUUGCAUCCGUCAUUAACAGAAGCGUUUGGCACUGUUCUUGUUGAAGCUGCUUCUUGUGGGUUGUUAGUUGUGACAACAAAUGUGGGUGGUAUUCCUGAAGUUUUACCAUCUCACAUGACGGUUUUCGCUUCACCUUCUGAAAACUCUCUAGUUGAAUCCACUUUGUCAGCUAUUAAAUUGAUAGAAGAAAAAAAAGUAACACCUUCUGAGUUUCAUGAUGAAAUCAAAAACAUGUAUUGCUGGGAAGACGUUGCACGAAGAACAGAGGAAGUAUAUGACAAGAUUGACUCUAAUACACUGACAGAACCUUUGGUAGAUCGUCUAGCAAGAUACUAUCAUGGUGGUCCUUGGGCAGGGAAGCUUUUUGUUAUUUGUGUGAUCGUUGAUGUAAUCUUGCUGCAUUUUCUUGAAUAUUUUUGGCCUGUUGAAUCAAUAGACAAAGCAAAAAAAUGGCCUAGAAAAAAGCCACCUCAAGACACAAUUAAUUAUUUCGAUGAAUCUUAUAAUUUGAUUUCGGAAAUGGAUAGAUAA